UUCGAGACCAAAAACAAAAACAAAACUCGCCACAUCCAUCCGAGCUGCCGUCGCGAGUGCACGCGAAUUCUCGCGGUCCGUGUUUAAAAGUUGGAAUAAUUCGGUUCGUCGGUUUGUUCCGGUCGGAAUCUGUGCACUUAUCUGCUCCGUGGAGUGUGUGUUUGUUGAGUGGCAACUUACUUAAGAAGCGGAAGAUCUCGGGGCCAUAAAAGGUGCUGAUUAUUUUGUUGCCUCUUUGAAGGAUGAUAAGAAAGCUUAUUAGCUUACAGAAGCUGCUCGGAGAAGAGUGUGCCUGUUGAGAGGGUUUCCCACUCUCGGUCAUAAAGUGCCCCCGUGGGAACCGAGUCCAGCUGGCUGUGCAAUUGGGUGUUAUUUUCCUGAAAAGAUCCAGUUCAAUCCGGAUUAGUCGAAUGUGUCGUUCCGCCGACGACGACCAUUUUCUCUACAGAGCAGGUCGUUGACAGCUGUGUGUGCCACAGAGUGGCCGCGUUCCCAAAUUCGGUGUUACCCAGAUUACUCAAAAUUGGAGAGGAUUCUGUGUCCCUAAUCAGCCAGCCCCUUCCCAGUUUCGGUGUGCGAGUAGAAAUAGAGAACACACGUAGCAGAAAAAAAAAACGCAGCGAAGAAGGAGGAGUUUUAUGUAACAACGGCCGCGAUGGUUCGACACAUAUGCUGCUGCUGCUUGCAGUAGUAGUGCAGAGAUUAUGCCAACAGUUCAUGUUUCAGUGCAAGUGCAAGGUGUAUUAAAGCUAGGCCUGAAAGUUACGCGAUUUUUGGCCAAAACGGCGAUGAAUGAAUUUCUCCAAGUGAGAGCCAAUUUGGUGUGACCCAUUUGUGUGUGCGUGUGCUGGCUGGCGUGUCGAUCGAUUCCGAACGAAAAUUGUGGAAGGUCAUCCUCGUGGAAGCUGCCAAAUUGAUUCGUUUAGCGUGAACGGUGAAGAUUCGGUGAAUGAUUCUGGGUAAAGUUUGAGCGUCGCGACGCACCCGCUGCGAGAUGUUGUUUAGAGAAGAGUUAAGCUAGUGUGAGGGUCGUCGGUUGAUGGUGUGUUAAAAAUACCCUUCUGCUGCCUCUAGAAGAAAGAGAGCGCGCGCGGUGAAGAACGUCAGGGCCGGGCGUGGGCGGCGAUUUGUUUUCAAGGAAAAGCCAAGCAAACAUCAGAAACAUCAUGUCGAUAUCGAACGGGAAAACCUCGUCGGACAUUGAGAACGCUGAGUGGAACUCGACCGGUAUGCUGACCCAUACGAGAUACGGUUCCAGCAGCAGCCACGCGUCUCAGAGCAGCGGCGACAUCUGCCGGAUUUGCCACUGCGAGUCCGAUCCCCAGAACCCGCUGCUGACGCCGUGCUACUGCUCGGGCAGCCUCAAGUACGUGCACCAGUCCUGUCUGCAGCAGUGGCUUACGGCGUCCGAGACGAACGCGUGCGAGCUGUGCAAGUUCCCGUUCAUCAUGCACACCAAGAUCAAGCCGUUCAACGAGUGGCGCAGUCUGGAGAUGUCUGGAGUGGAGCGGCGGCGCCUGUUCUGUGCGGUUCUGUUCCAUUGUGCGGCGGCCCUGUGCGUCAUCUGGUCGCUCUGCGUGCUGAUUGAGCGGGCCGCCGAGGAGGUACGGCGCGGAUUGAUUGGGUGGCCCUUCUGGACGAAGCUGGUCGUGGUGACGGUGGGGCUGACCGGUGGCGUCGUCUUCAUGUACAUCCAGUGCAAGCAGUACUUGAACCUGUGUAAUCGGUGGCGGGCAAGGAAUAGGUAUAGGAUUUUGCUUAUCCAGAACGCCCCGGAGAAGAUUCAUCCACCGCAGUCACCGGUGAUGCAGCAGUUCCGGCGGGUACGGACGGCAGCUACCAGCGGGGGUGGGGUUUGCGGUGGACAAGGUGGCAGCGGAGGGGCUGGGAGUAGUGUUAGCAACAAUAGCGUAACGAUUGGUCCGAUGAUGCGGGGCUAUGACCAGCAGUUGAUCGGUUCGAUUGGGGUUGGAGGAGGCGUCGGUGGUGGUCAUCCUUGUGAGCUACAACUGAAUCAGCAGGGUCAGAUCAUUGCGGCGAACAUUGAGAACAGCUCGAUUAGCUAUGACCGUGACUGGACGCUGGACGAUAUCAGUCAGGUGUCGUUCAAGCCGUGUAUUCAGGGCAGUGGCAGCCUCACACCGAUGCCUUUCCACGACUCGGCGCACAACAUUUGCGACGGUGGAAGUGGCAGCGGUAGUGGCGUGGUGGUUGCGACCCAUCGGUACUCGGCAAUCUCCGGGUCUUCGCACACGGUCCACGAGGAGGAACAAAUGCAGCAGCAGCAUCCGGCUGCAAGUAUUAGCGAACAAAACAAUGGAAGUAGUUGUAGCAGUAGCAUUAAGACGGCCGACUUAAAUCUGUUCAAAGUGCCGAACGCAGAACUGAGUAGUGUUAGUAGUAGCAGUACAGCAGGAGUGCCAUGCCGAUAUCCGAACUCGGCAAUUUUCUUAGAAAACCGUGAUAUUCUGAACGACCCGGCGCCGCCGUGCCACGAAUCGGUGGCAUGCCAAGCCAAACUGUACAAUCGGCGUUCGACCGUCAUGGGCGGCGGCCAUUACGUCCAGGAAGAUCCUCGCCAUGACCUGCGGAGAUACUCGGACACCAAGUUGCUUCAGCAGCAAAAGCUCAGCUUCGUCAGCGAGCAACCCGUCGAGUACAGCAGCCCUACCAAAGAUCAGUUGCUUCUGAACCCCAAAAGCAUCAUCUACGACAUGACCAGCUUCCUCGGGCCGGUCGUACCGCAGGAACAAAGCCCCACCAGCAGUCACCAUCAUCGCCCUCAUCACCACCAUCACCAUCACGUGCUGGUCACGGGCGCCGCCGACCAUCUACAAACCACCGACAUCCAGUUCGACAGCUCGGCUCGAGGCGACGACCCCGACGCGGAAACGCCACGCCCUUCCCCGCCGUACGAUCCCCUCGAACUCAACAUCCAAGAAAUGCUCGAACUAGACAUCGCAAACAUCCAGCGGCUACACGAAACCCAGGAUCCGUCCUCGCCCUGCAUUCACCACCACCGGCCAACGCCGCUGGUCGUGCGUCCCGUGUGCUCCUCGGCCUCCAACCCACGCCUGCAGCAGGCGAGCGCCCCCGCACCGGUCCUCAUUCAAAUGCCGCCGGAACCGACGCGCCGGCAGCAGCAGCAGCACCUCGACCCCAGCGACGCCACCAACUCCAGCCAAAUCAACAGCAACCGACUGAAGCUGUUCAAGUCCCUCCCGAACCUGAGUGCCAGCAGCGAGAACCUGCUGCCCCCGCCCAAACGCUUCGACUCAUAAGGUAUGUGAUGAGACAGCGAAAUUUCUCCUUUAACUUCUAAUUAAACAAAACAGAGUUAGACGUUGCAGGUAGUUAGUGUUGCUCAGUUCGGUUUUUAAGCAAAUAUGGGAAAAACGAAAGCCCCUCUUGUGAUAUUUUUUGGUUUUCCGCGAUACAUUCACACACACACACACACCUUCCUUCCAACGGAUAGGAAAAAAAGCCCAACCUUACUUUCACCGAAAUGAAAAUAAAACGAACAAAUAAAUAUACUUGGUAGCAAACGAGGCAUUUUACGGGGCGCGCAGCAAACGAAACUAUUCUUACUUAAUCCGAUAUUUUUGCGUCCCUACCCAACCCUCCCCCCAUGAUGCAUAAUGUAAUGAAUUCAAACCUUAAAAAAAUUGCAGCCCGACAUACGAUUAGAGGCUGGGCCCGUGGUUUGCGUUGUCAAAGUAAACGUAAUUAGAGUUGUAGAACAGUGAUGAUGGAUGCAUGGAUGAUGGGAAGGAAUAUAUUUAGUUAAGUAAUCGUGAGAGAAUGAGACAGAUCAAGAAGUGAGAGAUAGUGAAACUGUGUCGAUAAGAGUGAGUUAAGGAAAUAUAACGGAACGGAGCGCGAACAGGACGUAACUUGUGACUUAUAUUAUUAGAACCUUUUAAAAUAAAUUAAUGCAACGGUGUUACAAUAAAUUAAUGCAGUUUUUAAUUUUUCCAUUUGGAAUAUAGAGUUGCAAAACUUGGUAAAAUGUAA